AAAAAAAAAACCUCGCCCUGUGAACCUGGGUUUUGGGUUUUGUUCAUAUGUCUUAUUUAAUAUUUACCAGCGAGCGAGGUAAAUUAGCAUAUGCCUCUGGAGAAGGUUGUUGCUGACGAUUGAAGAGAACCAUGACAACCUUAACCAUGGACGCUUCUCACUUUCACCAUACUCCUUUUUAUUGUGAGGAGAAUGUGUACCUGCUUUGCAAGAAGUUGUGCGAUGAUGGAAUUGCAAACGCUGAAGGAUCUGAUCUUUUUGUUGCUUUCAUUUCCAAUGAAAAGAAACAGAUCCCACUCUGGAAUCAAAAGGCUAGCACAAGGGCAGAUGGGGUUAUUCUCUGGGAUUAUCAUGUGAUUUGCAUUCAGGCAAUUCAAGGAGAUAGCCCUCCACUAGUUUGGGACUUAGAUUCAACUCUUCCUUUUCCUUCACCUCUGGCUUCAUAUGUGUCUGAAACAAUUCGCCCUUCUUUUCAACUUUUUUCUGAAUAUAAUAGAUUAUUCAGAAUUGUGCACGCUCCAAUGUUCCUUCGUUGUUUUGCAUCUGAUAGAAGACACAUGAAAGUUUCUAGUGGAAACUGGAUUGAAGAUCCUCCCCCUCAUGAACCCAUAGUUGCUGAAGAUGGAACAGUGCAUAACCUAAAUGAAUACAUUAGCAUGUCUGUUUCAGAUGUUGAUUCCAAUACUAAGAUCAGUUCAGUCAAGGAUGCAACUUUUACCCAGAAACAUGGUGUGGUGAUAAAGGAAAAUCAGGUCGAGGAAUUAUUUUCACUAAUAUCUUUACAAUAGCCACAUAAUUAUUGCUUGAUAUAUCCCCACAUCAAUAUUUUGCCAGCUUGUAAAUGUUCAGCUACCAUCUUUUUAAUUAAAAGAUGUUGGGUAAAUAUUGCCUCAUUAAAUGGGUAGUGUUAAAAUGCCUCUUUUGUAAGUGUUUUUGGGAGUGAUGUCCAAGGAAAGCAAAUCUAAGCACCCCCCCCCCCCCGUUUUUCUUCAGGGGCACAGCAAAGUGUUUCCUGUAACUCGUCCCUUUUACUUCUGGUUUAUAGUAACUAACUAUACGAGUGAUGUCAA